UCAAGAACUGUAAACUAGAGAGAGAAAGACCAAACCCAAGCUUGGAAAAAAUGUCACCACCACCCUCUGUGAAGGCCCUCAUCCUCCUCUUUCUCUCUCUAACCCUCGCUUUCGCGGAACAAACCGAGCCGCUUUCUCACUCAUCCAACCUCGUCGAGAAAGUCUGCAAGCAAACCAAGUACUACGACUUCUGCGUUCGCCAAUUGGACUCGAACCCAGCAAGAGCCAAGGCCGACCUCGCUGGACUCGGUGUCAUAGCCCUAGACCAGGCGAUAGCGAAAGCCAAGUCCACUUACUCCUACAUUCAAGAGCUUCAAAAUAAGACCGAAAACCCUAGCUUACUCCAAGCCUUGGGCGAUUGCUCAGAGCUAUACGUCGACGCGAUUGAUCAACUCGAGGACUCGAAGCGCUCCAUCGAGUUGAAGGACUAUGCGGAUGCCAACAUGUGGGUCAGCGCGUCGAUGGCCGCCUCGGACACGUGCGAGGAGGGAUUCGCUGAACAAGAGGAGGCCCUGCCUUCCCCUCUUUCGAAGAAUAACAGUCAGCUUUCUAAGCUUGGGAGCAUAGCACUAGCGAUUCUUAAGCUUUUGAAAUAGAGUGGAAAUGGAGUUAUGUCGUCAUGUAUGAGGAAGUGGGAUCUCAUAUUUUGGAAUCCAAUUUCGUUUUUAUUGGGUAAAAGGGCUAAUUUAUGAUA